AGGACAAAAUAAAAGAAGAUGGAAAACAGCAAACGUUGGCAAGGUGUGGAGCAACUGGAAUUCUCACACCCUAUGACUCUUAGGUCUGACAAAUGGAGCAGUUGGGAAGGAGGCGUGGUCUCUACUUUCACGUGCUCCCUGAUCAUCUCUCGCCUCCUCCUUUGCCCGACCCUCCAGCAUCAGAGCAGGAAGGAAGGCAGCAGGACGGUCUGUGUUGUCAGCUUUUGGAUUAAAGUCAACAGCUGGUGGGAGAAGAGCUGCAGAGUGGUUGUGAAGGAACACUUCAGAUACGAAAGCCUUGGCAAUCACAGCGCCAUCUCUUACAUGAAGAUUCAUUGCCCCCGCGAAGGGGUAGAAGAGCAGGAGGAAUGGGCAGGAGCUGGGAAAUGCUUCCGAGAAGUAUUACAAAAGGACAGGAUGAAACUUACAGGGGGUGAAAAACAGUCAUCAGGAGAGAAGAACGCAAUGGCCACCAUGACAGAAUUGAGUCCCACGGCAGGGAAGUACUCCCAAGAUGUACAAGGGGAUGAGAAGCUCAGUCCUGGGAAAGCUCCAAGCUUAUGUUCCACUCGCUAUGGAAUAGCCUUCAUCACACAUCUCUGCAACUUCAUAAUAAUGGCACAAAAUAUUAUCAUGAACAUCACCAUGGUAACCAUGGCCAACAGCACAAACCAUCAGUCCCAGUUUAACAGCUCCACUGAGGGGCUGCCUGUUGACUCAUUUGAUGACCCAAAUAAUUCCCCAAAAAGUCUUCCUGCGGGGGCCCCUGUGUAUGAUUGGAGCCCUCAAAUCCAGGGCAUCAUCUUUAGUUCUAUCAACUAUGGCGUGAUCCUGACACUGGCUCCCAGUGGAUACCUGGCUGGAAGAGUAGGAACAAAGCGAAUGAUUGGUGCUGCUCUGCUUGGAUCCUCAUUUCUCGUUCUCUUCACCCCUCUGGCAGCUGACCUUGGCCUAGGUUUCCUCAUUGCAACUCGAAUACUUCAGGGCGUGAGCCUGGGGUUAGGAUAUGGGGGUCAGUUUGCACUCUGGGAAAGAUGGAGUCCUCCAAAUGAACGAAGCCGACUCUGCAGCAUUGCUUUCUCAGGAAUGAUGCUGGGAAGCUGCGUUGCCAUCCUCCUGGGUGGCAACAUCAGUCAAGCCCUUGGGUGGCCUUUUGUCUUCUAUAUCUUUGGAGGUGUUGGCUGUGUCUCCUGCCUUCUCUGGUUUGUUUUGAUUUAUGAUGACCCUGUCACUCACCCAUGGAUGAACAUCACAGAAAAAGAAUACAUCAUAUCCUCCUUGGCCCAACAGGUCAGCUCUUCUAAGCAGCCUCUUCCCAUCAAAGCUAUGGUCAGAUGUCUACCCCUCUGGUCCUUGUGUUUUUGCUGUUUCAGCCAUCAAUGGUUAAUUAACAUAAUGGUUGUAUACACACCAACUUACAUCAGCUCUGUGUUCAAUGUUGAUAUCAGAGAUAGUGGCUUCCUGUCUGCCCUUCCUUUUAUUUGUGCCCGGGUCGUUGGCAUCCUGGGAGGUUACCUGGCAGAUUUCCUUCUGACCAAGAAUUUUAGGCUUGUUACAGUGAGGAAAAUUGCCACAGUUCUAGGAAGUCUCUCUUCUUCAGCAUCCCUUGUGGUCCUGCCAUACGUUGCCUCCAGCUAUAUCACAGCAGUGAGCCUUCUGACGCUCUCCUGUGGACCAAGCUUGUUUAGUCAGCCAGGGAUCUAUAUCAAUGCCUUAGAUAUUGCUCCAAGGCAUUCCAGCUUUCUCAUGGGAGCCUCGAGAGGGUUUGCACAGAUAUCUGCUAUCCUGGCACCCACUGUCAGUGGAUUUCUUCUCAGUCAGGACCCUGAAUUUGGGUGGAGGAAUGUCUUCUCCUUGUCAUUUGCCAUUAACACAUUAGGACUGAUCCUCUACCUUAUAUUUGGAAAAGCAGAUGUCCAAGACUGGGCUAAAGAGAGGAAACUCACUCGUUUAUGAAGUUACCCCACCUUGGAUGGAAAAUCAUUAGGCACCUUAUUUCAUAAACGAGAAGACUUCAGUGAUGAAAAUACCAACAGAAAAAGUUUUCUUUGCUGUAGCUCUUUUCAAAUCUGAGAUCAGUUCCUUAUUUUACUCAGAUUUCAUUUUGAGAAAAAUAUAAGAUGAAUGAAAAUUCAAAUAAAAUGAUAGCCAAGAACAUGUCAUCUUCAUAGAGUUAACAAUGAAUUCAGAGGAGCUGCUCUAUGGGAGCCAGCAGGCUAGAUUCACAGUUUUUGAAUCUCUAAACAGGAAACUAUGUUUUGAAACUCUUAAUCGAGGGCAGUAACCUCCCUAGGGCAAUGAUUCCUCCUACUUGUGAAAAUGAAUAUUAAUUUAUAUAUUUGUUGGGCUGGAUAUUGUCCAUGUGUUUCUCCCUUUGUGUGCUCCACUCUCCUGCAUCCUGCUCGGGCCCCAGGAGGCUGACCUGAGUGGUUUGCAUCCCACACUUUCUUGUCCACUGCCUCCUGCUGGAUUUUCAGUGGAGGCAGGAGAGUGAGGAUAGGGAGUAUUUAUCUCUAAAGUUCCUCCUCGUGGGGACUGCAGGUGGCUGAUCCUUCCUGUAUAGUUCACAGCUCCUAGCAGACAGCCCUCUCCACAUAGUCUGGUAAUUUCUCUCUUCCCAUGUCCCAUCAAACCUUUUUUGGCCUUUAUGUUGCAAGUUCUGGGAUUCUCAAGAAUUAUCUUGUGGUUUCCUUCCCACCUUCCCAAUCCUGUGUAAAUUGUCUCAUCUAACACUGUCCUCAAAUUACCCAGUGUGAGUCUCUUAUGUUUCUCCUUCUAGGAUCCAACUAAUUUCAGUAGUUAAGUCAUAUAUAAAGCUCAAAACAUGAAAUGGUUCAGUAUUUCUUUAAAUUAUAAUUUGUGGGUGUCAGUGGGUCAUAGCAUGUUCAGAGGGGCCAAAACUGUGUUCUAGGUUGCUCCCCAUGGUGAUCUCUACUGUGUUGAAUAGAGAUUAUAGCCAUCAAGUUAUUUUGUAUAGAAGUGAUGUGAUGGACGCUAGUUCUGAGUGUAAAAUUAGGGCAAGGAUAUAGAAGGUCAAAUUUGAAUAAGCAACAACAAUUACUGAGAUUUUGCAUAGUCUAGAAUCUAGGCCCUUGGAACACUAGAGUAAAUUAGACACAGUCACUAUUGUCCAUUCAGAUGUGGAAGACACACAUAAUAAUACAUGGCAAGUGCAUUGCCUUAGGUACAAUAGCAGGGGGACAUGCAGGUCAUUACAGGAGACCAGAUGAGGGGUUCCAAUCCUAAGCUGAAGAGCACAGGGGAGAUCUCCUUCUGCAAGUAAUUCCUGAGCUAAAUGUUAAAAGAGGAGUGUUAUGGUAGAAUUUUCCACAUUGGAGCCCAACUUGUACAAAAGCAUGAAAAAAAAUAAACAUUUCUGAAGGGAAUCACUUGCCUACAUGGUCAGUUAGGGAAGGGCAGAAGAUUAAGUUAGGGAGGUGGGUGUGACCAGAACAUGGAGGUCUUGUUCGCCAUGUCAGGGAGCUACAAGCAAUAGUGACAUGGGCAGAUUUUCUCUCUAGAUAGGACACUCUGGCCCAAUUCCAGAAUCAGGAAGACUAGUUAGUGGUCCACACAGCAGCGGUGAGGACUGGACUAGGGUUGGAAGAGCUGGGAUGGAAAGAAGAGAGAUAUGAGUAACAUUUAGGAGGCAGAAGUGAAAGAUCAUGGCAUUUGGUUAGAUAGAUGCAGGAGAAGAGAGGAGUUAGGAGUCCUGGGCCUCUAACCUGAGAUACUGAAUAGAGAGUGGUCUGAAUAACUAAGCCAGAGAAUGCAGGAAGAGUCCUUUUCAGAGGGAAGAUAAUGAGUUGACUUUGGACAUGUGUUAGCAGUAAUACUGGGAUAAAUAAGUGGGUGUGUGUCUUAGUUUCAUGGGCUGCCAUAACAAAAUACCACGAGCUUGUGGCUUAAGCAAUAGUAAUUUAUUGUCUCACAAUUCGAGAAGUCCAAAAUCAAAAUGCCAGCAGAGUUGGUUCCUUCUGAGGUUUGUGAGGGAGAAUCUGUCCCAUGCCUCUCUUCUGGUAGCCUCAGGCAUUCUUUGGCUUAUAGGUAGCUUUCUCUCUGUGUCUUCGUCUCAUCUCCCCUCUCUACAUAUCUGUCUCUGUGUCAGAAUUUCCCUGUUUUACAAAGACACAAGUCCUAUUUGAUUACGGCCCACCUUAAUGACUUCAUCUUAACUUGACCAUCUGCAAAGACCGUAUUUCCAGUGAGGUGACAUUUGGUACUGUGCGUGAGGACUUCCGCACCUUUUUGGGAGACACAGUUCAAUGCAUAACAGCAAGCCCAAAAAAAGCCAGACCAUAAAUCUGAAACUUGUAAAAAGACCUGGGAUGGAGACAAAGAUAUAAAAGUACAGACGUUCAGUACUAAAGACAUGAAUAUUUAAUACUCAGGAGGAGCCUGUGAAUGAAAAAAUACCAAGCCAAAGACAGAAUGCCAACAUUCAAGGAGUGGGCAGAAGAAGAAAUGCCCACACAUAACAGAGCCAAAAGGGUCAGGCUUGUACAUGUGAGGAACAAUGGGAGGACACAACUCUUAUAGAAACGCAUGAACAUGGCCUUUAAGAAAGAUGACAGAUCAGCAAUAAGUACACUGCCAUUCAAUUAGAUGAGGUCAGGAAAGGAACAUGGUCAACUUGUGAUUGGAAGUUCACUGGUGGCUUUUUCAUGACACAUUUAGCAGAGAUAUGGGUGUGCAGGUCACUUUGCAGUUUGUUGGUGAGUGAAUGAGAAUGAGAGAGUAGAGAAAGCAAGAAAAAUAUUUUCAGGAAGGGAUGGGAAUAUAGCCAGAGGAGAAUAGAGGGAAAGGAAGAGUGACCUAAGUGGGAAAAGGACUGGCCCAGGGGAUGCUUCGGGGAAGAAACAGUGGAGCGGGAGUGAAGAUAUGGAAGGACAGGGUGAAGAGAUGGAGCAAGGUCUUUGAAGACACAAUAAGGAUUCAGGUACAGGUUUGCCUUGAACAUAUAGAAAGAAAAUAUGAAAUCAAAAACAUGAAUUUUCUCUUUAAGAAAGGGAGUCCAGGAAACCAGCAACAAACGAAAAAGCAACCUACUUAAUGGGAGAGAAUAUUUGAAAAUCAUAUAUUUGAUAAGGGGUUAAUAUUGAAAAUACAUAAAGAACUCAUACAACUCAAUAACAAAAAAAAGCCAAUCUGAUUUAAAAAUGAGCAGAAGAACUGAGUAGACAUUUUCCAAGAGAAGACAGACAUACAAGCGGCCAACAAGUACAUGAAAAGGUGCUCAACAUCGUUUAUCAUCAGCGAAAUGCAAAAUCAAAACCACGAGAUAUCAUUUCAUACCUAUUAGAAUGGCCAUUAUCAAAAAGACAAGAGAUAACAAGUGUUUAGAAGGAUGUGGAGAAAAGGGACUCGUACAAUGUUGAUGAGAAGGUAGAUUGGUGCAGUCACUAUGGAAAACAGUAUGGCGGGUCCUCAAAAAAUUAAAAAUAGAACUACCUCAUGAUCCAGCAAUCCCAGUUCUGAGAAUACA